UACACAAUCAUGAAACUCGAGUGUCUGAGUCAUACGAGCAGCAUUUGAAGGCAGCACCGCAUGUAAACAUUUUCUAACACAUCAUGGCUGCCCCGUUGGUCAGGAUUUUGUCAAAGUCUUGCAGACAGAUCUCUCGACCAUGGGGUACAUGUCAGGCCGGAUGGAGGAGCACAUCACACACACCUGCCACAGACAUGGCUUCAGACCAGGGGGUGGUCUCCUUUCCUCCCCUACAGACAUAUUCAGAGGAGGAGAACAUGAUGAGGGAAGCAGUGAAAAAGUAUGCACAGGAGCGCAUUGGUCCGUUUGUGUCGAAGAUGGAUGAGAAUUGUGUCAUGGACAAGGAAGUGCUCGAUUCUCUCUUUGAACAGGGUCUCAUGGGCAUUGAGAUUGACCCAGAGUACGGCGGCACCGGCUCCACAUUCUUCUCCUCCAUUCUGGUCAUUGAGGAGCUGGCGAAGGUGGACGCCUCUGUGGCUGUGCUCUGUGACAUCCAGAACACACUGAUCAACACGCUGUUCUCCAAACUGGGCACGGCAGCUCAGAAAGAGCAGUAUCUGAGCCGGCUGUCAACCGACAUGAUUGGAAGUUUCUGCCUCUCUGAAGCAGAGGCGGGGAGUGAUGCCUUUGCUCUAAAGACACGUGCUGAAAAACAUAAAGACUAUUACGUCAUCAAUGGAUCCAAGAUGUGGAUCAGCAACGCAGAGCAUGCGGGCGUUUUCCUCGUGAUGGCUAAUGUGGAUCCAUCAGCUGGAUACAGAGGCAUCACCUGCUUCAUCGUGGACCGGGACACAGAGGGGCUUGAGAUUUGCAAGAAGGAGAACAAACUCGGCCUGCGCGCAUCCUCCACCUGCCCACUAAACUUUGACAAUGUCAAGGUACCAGAGAAGAACAUUUUGGGACAGAUCGGUCACGGAUACAAGUAUGCCAUUGGAAUGUUGAACGAGGGCAGGAUUGGAAUUGCUGCUCAGAUGCUUGGACUGGCACAGGGUUGCUUCGACAACACUAUUCCUUACACCAGACAGAGGGUGCAGUUCGGGAAACGUAUCUUUGACUUCCAGGGCAUGCAGCACCAAAUAUCCCACGUAGCAACACAGAUCGAAGCUGCUCGGCUGCUGACAUAUAACGCUGCUCGUAUGAAGGAAGCUGGGAGACCUUUCAUUAAGGAAGCUUGCAUGGCUAAAUACUUCAGCGCAGAGGUUGCAACACUGACCACAUCUAAAUGCAUCGAAUGGAUGGGAGGAGUAGGAUUCACAAAAGACUACCCCAUAGAGAAAUACUACAGAGAUUGUAAAAUUGGUACCAUUUAUGAAGGAACGACAAACGUCCAGCUAUCCACUAUGGCUAAGUUCAUCGAUAAGGAGUAUGACCACUGAGAUCACGUGACCAGAGCCUGAUAGAUUGCACUCUGCUGUGUUACACUCCAUAUCCUUUCCUUUUUGCUUUCAUGUCUCAAGUUUUUUGUUGCGGUUUCAGAUGUUUGUCCUCAAUAUCAUUGUUUUAAAUAUGGUUAAGUAUUUCCCACUACUGAUGUUACUGAUGUUUUCCGUUUGAUUUCUGUCAGACUUCUAAGUCUAAGAAUAAAACAUGUUUGUUAUAUGUCCAGCUCUUCCCUCUUCUCCAUAUUUGUCCUGUUCUGAUGAAACAUUGAUUGGGAUUUUCUUUGGUUCAGUGCCUUCAGAAGGUUUGCUUUGAGUGGGAUCAGUAGGUUAAAUCUGUGUGACAGUUCACUCUAUACUCUAUAAAUACUGUACAGUACUAUGUCAAGAAAUUAUCUAUAAAGAUUGAUCAGUCAAUAAUUUUGGCUUUAGUACUUUAUACUGUUGUGCAGUCGACCGUCUUUGUCUGUUUGCAGAUUAGUAUCAAGUUCUGUCACUAGAUGGCAGCAUUCUCCAGAGUGUCACCAGUACUAUGAGUCGAGGCAGCUUCUUCACUGCAAGUCAAUUACUGCGUCUGUUAACAGCCUGUCACCUUUAAUGAUAUUUUAUAUCAAUUCAAUUAUGCCGGUGCUUCAGAUGGAAAGAGGCUGCCUCGUGUAAUUGACUCACUGAUAAUUUUUCAGGUGAGAUUGAUUACAUUUCCGCGGCCUACAUGUGCUGUGUAAAAUGAGGUCUAUUGUUUUACACAACACAGACCGGCUGUGUCCAAGUAUACAGACAUGUAAUAGCCAUUACCCAUAAUGACCUCUUGUAAAAAAAAUGAAUGUUGUGUCUUGAAAGCCUUUAAUCAUUGAGGGCGUUUAGCAAUAUUUAUUAAGAGGGUUGGGGAAAAAGUCAGCUUCAUGACUGCUGCAAUUGUCAGUAUUCAUGCCAAAUAUUUAGAUGUUCAGAUUCCCAUCAAGUCAAUUGAUAACAUUGGUGUUACCAUACAAGAUUAUCUCAUAUUUCAUUACACUGAUUAAAUUUCAAGAGUC